GGGGAUUGCUAGCUUUUGCUCCUCGCGGACGGACAAUUUGGACACGGCAAGAGCGUGCCUCCCUCAGCCAGCUUCGCGGGUCCUGAAUUUUUCCAACAUCGAUGGGUGCCGAGGUGAGUUUGUUGGUAGAAUCUCAUCUUCAGUCGACGACGGCGUCCUCCCUGUGCCCGGCGGCCUCUCUGCUGCACGAGGCACGAUUCGAUGUUCAGCAGCUCUGCGACAUCUUCAAUCGCUUCGCCGAUAAUGAGAAAGGCAGUGCUCGGAUUCCUGCGAAGUCUCUGCAGAAGUCGCUGCAUCCCAUUCCGGUCAAGAACGCACAGAGUCUGUUUCAACACUUCACCUUUGAUCAGGUAUGAUCUAUCUUCUCUCCACUGCAUUCCAUCAUGUCGUUGGUCUCUCUGCUCUCAUGUCGUCUCUCCACUACGUCGUCUCUCCACUACACUGGCAGGCUAGGGUGAGCUCGAUGAUCAAUCGCAUUCAUUGGCCAUGCAGCAUUAUCGGCGUCUCUGCUUGCGUGUGCAGGCUGACAUCGUCGAAGUUCUUAUUGCCGCUUUGAUCCUCACAGCCGCCAUCACACCCAUCACCAAACUUCGACUCUCCUUUGUGUUCUUCGAUCUCUCGGCGGAGAAGAGCCUCACCUUCACCGAGUUCUAUCUGCUCAUCCGCGUCUUCACCUCAGCGUUAAUGAAAGUGCUCAAUGUGCCAGCCAAAGGCAGGAGCCGGGCUGUUGCCGAGGCAGAGUCGACCGCAGAGGAGGUGUUCAAUGAGAUGGAGAACGGCGACGGGGUGGUACAACUCGCGGAUUAUAUCGCCUUCUGCACGGGCAACCAGACCGUCAUGGCCGUAUUACACAAGUUCUCCGCUGCCGAGAGCGGAGACAAGACGCCGGCACACGAGAGGAUAUCGAUCUCGUGGGAAGGACGCGACAAAAAGGCCUCAUCGGUGAUGCUCGAGUGGACAAAUGAGGAAAAUGCCUUUUCGAUGCCAUUCUUCUGCAAGAAGCACAAGGAGCGCCAUUGUCGGCCACUGACACGGCUGGACGUCAUGCUGCUCUAUAAGCUCUUCAAGGUGCGCGACCUAGGAAUUCGUCUAUGGCCGUGUCUCGCUACAAGCACUGCAUUUGUAUGCGUGCGGGCAUGUGUGUCAGAAGCUAGAUGCUUCCAAGACGGGCAAGAUCACUUACGAGGAUCUUUUGAAUGUGGUUAAACAAAAGACAAAGGACACGUAAGCCAAUCACACGAAGGCAGCAAUGUUGGGGGUCCUUCAUUUGGGUAUCGCUGUCCUUUUCCCUCUUCAUCGAGAUAGGAAGGGAGGUGAAGAGGCUGCCAUGGCUGUGCAGGUGCACAUCGCUUCGUAAUCGUCCUGACAUGUCUGCUGAUCCUGAUGACAUUGGUGUGUGUAUGCGCCUUGCAGGCAAAGAUGUUUGCUGGCACUCUUGCGACUCUGUUGUCGACCAGCGCCUCCCAGAGAGAGGAGCAGAGCUACGAUAUCAGAGAGUGAGCAAUUGUCGAUGCAUGUCGAAAUUGACAUCCUCUCGCUGUUGCAGAUUUCUGUCGGUGUUCAAUCCAUGUUCAAGCGACAGGCACCACGAUAUAUAUAAGAGAUGGAUUCACGAGGAGGAGAGGGAGACACUGGCUGUGGAAAGUAGCCUCAAGGCUUAUAUGCUACGGCCGGUCAUCCCAGCAGAGGAACGUCUGGAGCUGGAGCAGAUUUUCCGAUCGAUCGACGCCAGUGGCGACGGUGUCAUCACACUCGAAGAAAUGAAGCAGUCACAGUUCUUUUCGCAGUAAGCCUGAGUAGGGGAUGGACUUAAUGACAGGACGAGAUACUGACCUGUUUCUUUGUGCAUGUCUCCUAUGGGUGACCCACAGGGACGUCGCAUCCUCCUUGAUAACGCAGCACUCACUCAAGGGAAGUGACAGCCUCAGUCUUGAGGAAUUCCUCAUCAUGGUCAGCCUGCAAAAGCACUGUGUUGAAGGAAGUCAGAUAAACGCACCCAGCCAGCCAGCAUCAGAUUCUGAGAGACACAUGUGUCUGUGUGCAGAUGUGCCCGCCCGAGUAUCGCAUCCCAACAAGGUACGAGAAGUUUCUGCCCCUGUACCAGUGGAUGAUCGAAGAGGAGUUCCUCAUGCGCAAAAGAGGUCGGACCUUCAAGGAGAAGGAGCGCUUCUCGCCGGAGACGCAGGACUCAAGCAGCUCUCUGCCUGAGGUGGAAGGCGCCUCCCUGAUCCGCAUUCAGGAGCUCUUCCUCACCGUCGACUGGCUGUCCACACAGCCGGGAACAAUCACCAAGUACUGACUGACACACGAACCAUAUCCUCCACACAUCAGCCUAACGUCCGAGUGAUGGAUGCCUCUGUUUUUUGGUUGGCCAUUGCAGAGACGACUUGCUGAAUUCUGGGCUGGUGCCUCGACGCAUCGUUUCCUACAUCCAGACAAACGCCAAGAGGCGAGAAGUGCCUGUCGAGGGCCCCUGGGACAUGGACACCUUCUGUCGCAUCGCCGUGCCAUCGAACUACGGCCUGCCACCGCCGAGCAGAGCGGUGAUGUCUCGGCGUCAGUCGAGGUAUGAUCCGCUCAGGGCAUCGCGUCACGGCAGCCACAGGGGGUCCAUUGCCUCACUAGCCUCUCCUCGCUGACCAAGAGGAAUUCUGAGUGAUGUGUAGGGCGGCAUACAUCGCACUGUCGCAGGCAGUGGAGAUUUUGUCUUCGGGUUUUUGUGCGAUCGGUCGAGCUUACUCAGGACUGACUUACUCAUUCAUGACUGACAGCCUGACAUUUUUUGGUAUGUUGGUCUCGCACAAGCUGUCUCUCGUUGUCCUGCGAGUCGGUGCCUGCCUGGAACGAUUGACGUAUUCUCUGCCCCAUGCGGACAGGCGCCAAGGGGGCAGCGAGCAUCAAAUAUGAGUCCGUGCCAAGUGUGCGUGAAGGAUGACAAUCGAUGGCCUGGCGCCUUGUCGCUGCAAACUGACUGUGCAAUGGAGUAUCUUGUGAUUGCAAAUCUCGAC